GCCAGGCGUGCACCAAGGAGAUCCUGAAGUACUUCACCCCAAGACUCAACUCCACACAGACGCCAGUUUUCAGACAACUGCUAAGGAAUAACUAUAACUUCCUUGGCAAGAAAGGAUGUGGAAGCUUAAAGCUGACUACAGAUUGCACUGGGUAGUAGGCUACAAGUCGCAAAGCACCGGGAAAUAGAUAUGUUUUACUUUCACUGUCCCCCACAGUUAGAGGGAGAAUGCUGCCGGACGAACACACUGAAUACAAAUGGGUUUGGGAAUCACGCCUCUGGAGACUUCGAUGACGGUUUUCUGCGCAGAAAGCAACGCAGAAACAGGACAACUUUUACCUUACAACAGCUGGAAGCUUUGGAGGCAGUUUUUGCACAGACCCACUAUCCAGACGUUUUUACAAGAGAAGAGCUGGCUAUGAAAAUCAAUCUAACAGAGGCCCGAGUCCAGGUGUGGUUUCAAAACCGGAGGGCAAAAUGGAGAAAAACAGAGAGAGGAACUUCGGACCAUGAGGGAGGCAAAGAGCAAAUCAGUGAAGGCAACCCUCCUGCACGAAACCUCAACCAGUCUCCUGUUGACCACAGCAGAAAUAAGAAAGAACUGAUGGAGAUACAGCAAAAUCAUAUUAACAGAGUAGUUGGUUCAGGUGGACCUUUUUUCCCAUCUUGCCUUCCUGGAACAUUGCUGAACACGGCUACUUAUGCACAAGCCUUGUCACAGGUGGCAACUUUGAAAGGAAGCCCAUUGUGUUCCUGCUGUGUGCCUGACACAGUGGGCCUCUCCUUCCUGCCAUCAUAUGGAUGCCAGAGUAACCGGACAGCCAGUGUUGCAGCCCUGCGCAUGAAGGCUAGAGAACACUCUGAGGCAGUGCUGCAGUCAGCCAACCUGCUGGGGGUAGGGUCUACAAGUGGGCCUGAAGCAGGGCCAGGGGUCGGGCUGGGCCAAAGCACUGUUGCUGCUGGAGGAGGUGAUUCCAGUCCUAACUCUGUUGCAUCUAAGAUCACAUCACAACGGAGAACUCCAGACAAGCAUCUGUACUGCCAAAAGGAGGGUCCAGAUAAGAAAUGAGGGAGUGUUUUUUCCCACCUCGAGGACAUACUUUGGAUUUAUAAUCUAACACUGAAUGCCUGCUGCCUCUUUAGCACACUGACAUGCCGUGGACAGGACGGUGUUAAGUGAAAUCCCUCGUUGUGUAUUUUGCGUGUUUGUGUAUCAAACUUUUAAUUAAAUAAUAAUGUAUCUCUCAUCAUUCACUUCUGCUCAGAUUCUUGGCAUUGAAUUUGCCCAGCUCUGGAACAGUACAUGUGGACACUUGGCACUGUAAUUGUUGUUGUUUUUUUUUUUUUUCAUUUUUUUUUUUUUUUCAAUCAGCUGUUUUUAAAGAAAUUUCCCUGGUUGCCAAUGUGAAUUAAUUUAUUUAUUUAUUUAUUUUCAACAAUCCACUUUGAUGUUUCACUUAUACUGCCUUGUGUACUGUGAAGUCAGGUGAUGAUAAACAUUGCAUUGUGUCAAGAUAUAUGCCAUGCUGAAACAUAAAUGUACUAAUGUGAAAUAAUAUAUGUAAAAUAAUAUCAAGGACAGAAAUGUAUAUUAAGUGGUUUUUCAUGUUUUAUUAUAUGAUCUAGCUAAUUCUUAUCCAUGCUGAUGUGAAGACAACUGACACAUCUGCACAUCCAUGAUAGACUGCAAGGGUCCACACACUGGUCCUGUUUUGACAUGUUCUAUAAAACAAUUAAGCAUGUAGGCAGACAUGUAGAUCUCCUGUUGCCUAUUGCUCACACCAUCUGGCUGUGAUCAAUUAUUAAUUAGUUCACAAGCAGUAGGGCUGCAAAAAAGUACAUCAUGACUUUCUCAUCUCUUUCUAUUUUACAUGGUUCGCAGGAUGACACUGAUAUGAAAGGUGCUAAUUAUGGCAUUUUGCUUUGGGCGUACAGUAAAGCAGUUGUCAUUAGAUUUUUAACCACCUAAACUGAUUUUUUUCUUUUGUAAUAAUUAUUUUUUUAUUUUGAUUACGGCGUAAAAAUACAAAUAAAUGUGUUGUAGAACACAUUUCAGGACAUGAAGGCAAUAAUAUGACAGUGAAUUUUUAUUUAGCAGCAUAUGAACCAUCAAACAGUUUAUGAAAAGGAAACACGACUACGUUAUGUUUUCUUAGAUAUACAUUUCAAUAAUGGAAAAGUAGCUUAGAUUAAGAGCACUGAACAUUGCUACCUUUGAAAAGUAACUUGGACUGAUUAAAUUCAUGUCCUUGAGGAUUUUCAUGAAAUUAUUUUUGAUAGUCAAUAACACAAUUAAGUAAACUGCACACACAUUAGCAUUAAUAAUUGAUGUGGAAUUUUGUAUUAUGACAAAGUAGUGAUUUAAUAAUUCAUGAUGCGACACCCUGGUGACAAAGCAGAGCCAGAUAAUGUCAAAAAGUCUUGCCCAAUGAAAUAGUGCAGCUUGGUGUUUGUGUUUCAUGGUGACAAUUUGGAUUACAUGUGGCUUUAGGAAUGUGUAUUAAAACAUGGUUUUCAACUGGAGUGCAUAGAGUGCAUUUUCUAGUAUUAAUAUUGAAAAUGGU